AUGAUCAAGAUCGCUCUUCUCCUCGGCCUUGUCGGCAUCGCCGCAGCUUCAUACAUCGGAGGACACGAUGACUAUAACCACCACCCAGCCUACAACUUCGAAUACAGCGUCCACGACCCACACACUCACGACAUCAAAAGCCAGCACGAGAGCAGAAACGGAGAUUCCGUAAAGGGAUACUACACCCUCAAGGAGGCCGACGGCACACUCAGGGAAGUCCACUACACCGCCGACCACAAGAACGGAUUUAACGCCGAAGUCAAGAGGUCCGGCCAUGCCCAGCACCCGGCUCACUACCACAGCUCUGCCGAAACCUUCUACGGACACGGACACUCAGGUGCUUCAUCCUCAAACAACAACAACCUCUACAACGGCCACCACUACUGA